GAAGGAACCCCCCGCAAACUUUCUUUCGUUAAAUCGAGAGUGAAAGUCUCUUCCGCGACGAAGACUGUUCUCAAAGUUUUCCGCCCCAAUUUUUUUCUGUCUUUUUUGUGCAAUAUAUGGUGCUUCUGUUGGACGAAACGCGCUGUAAAAAUUUCGCGAGUUUGACGAACAUUUAGAAAGGAUUGGUGGAUACUACCGACGUUGCAACAAGUCUCGGAGUCUCAACAUUUUUGCCCGCUCUUUCCCGAGUGAAUUCUUUCUUGAGAUGCUGCGAAGUUUUUCCGCUGCGGACAGUCCGGGCGCUCCAUUCGUAAAAGCGUGGAUUAUGCGGAGACCAUCCAACAUGCCAGAGAUGAAAGACAAGACUACACGAGCCUAGGCCCUCCAGGUCUCCGACAUAUUAAUCGGUCACGGGUUCGAGUUGAUUUGAGGUUGAUCAAAUCAGAGCUCUCAAGCCACCGGUGGACUUCUAAAGGCACUUCUGUCAUGACCGCACACGGUGAAUACCCGAGCCAUCGACUGGCGCACUCUCUGGGAACAGUGUUCUCGUCUUUUAGGCAGACUUCAUCCGAUAGCAUUCCACCUUGAUCUCAAAACCACGAUGGUGAGACCGCACACGAGAACCAUGGACGAGGACGACGGAGUCCUCUGGACUACGGCGCCCAUGCCCAGCGUCACGGCUGUUUCCGAAGCGGUCAAUGCCUCGUCCUUCGAAGUAGAUAACGUGGUGGAAGCCUUUCCCAGCGGUAUAGCAAUGUCCGUGCAGGAAGCCGUCGGCACCGCUCUCUCUCUAAGCUUCAUCACCGUUUUCACCGUGGUCGGCAACGUGCUGGUCAUUUGCUCCGUCUUCAACCACAGACCUCUGCGCACCGUACAAAACGUGUUCCUAGUCUCCCUGGCCCUGGCUGACAUCGCCGUUGCGCUUCUCGUCAUGCCUUUCAACGUGGCCUACUCCAUCAUGGGUCGCUGGGUGUUUGGCCUGCACUUUUGCGAGUUGUGGCUCACCUGCGACGUCCUCUGUUGCACGGCGUCCAUACUGAACCUGUGCGCCAUAGCACUUGACCGGUACUGGGCUAUACACGACCCCAUCAACUACGCCCAGAAGCGCACGCUACGACGAGUGCUGCUCUCCAUCUUUCUGGUGUGGGUCAUCAGCGCGCUCAUCUCUGUGCCGCCUCUGAUCGGCUGGAACGACUGGCCGGAGCAGUUCGACGAGACGACGCCCUGCCGACUGACGCAGGAGACCGGUUACGUUCUGUAUUCGGCGAGCGGAUCGUUCUUCAUCCCGCUGCUCAUCAUGAGCAUCGUGUACCUCAAGAUCUUUCUUGCCACCCGGCGUAGGCUGCGAGAGCGGGCCAACGCUGCUGCCAAGGUACCCAGCUCCGCUACCCGCUGCGCGGCCACUGCCGAGCAUUCGGCCGCGCUUCUCCAAGAACGGCACCCUUCGUCUUCUGAGGAGACGCCUCCACCGCAGCACCGCGGCCAGACCAAGGAGAGCCGGCCAUCGCUGGCCGACACCAGCGUGACGCUGGAGCAGAACGGUAGGCCUCCCAGCGUCAAGGUGUUCGCCUGCUGGGAAGAGCGGCAGCGCAUCUCGCUAUCGCGAGAGAGGCGAGCAGCCCGCGUGCUGGGCAUCGUGAUGGGAGUGUUCGUUCUGUGCUGGCUGCCCUUCUUCAUCAUGUACGUGACGGCUGCCUUCUGCGACCACUGCGUCCAGUCAGACCGGCUCGUCAACUUCAUCACUUGGCUGGGCUACGUGAAUUCGGCGCUCAACCCCGUCAUAUACACCGUGUUCAACACUGACUUCCGCCGCGCAUUUCGCAGCCUCCUUUGCUCGGGUAAUCGCCGGACGCAUUUGUGAGAGAAGACUCGACUUUGCCCGUGAGACGCGAGCGCCGUGGAACAAAAAAAAAACUAUGGGGAACUGUUGCUGUGAUGCGGGUGUUUUGCUCGUUCGUACACUCGACGUGAUGCUAACGCGCACGAAGCUAUGAGCAGAAUUUGUAUCGUAAACCUGUAAAGCGGUCUUUGCUGUGAAUAGUGUGAUAAUGCGGCGGUGCACCAGGAAAUGUUACAGGAAGCGUUGUGGCGCUUGUGGAUACCCAUUGCAGGGAAAGGACGCGCUUUGUGCAUCCUACGUGUUUUAGAGUAACACAAUCGUAAAUGUUUGUUUCGCUGUAGACUUAACUAAGCGCAACUACGUACCACCGUAAGGAAGUGAUACGACAUGAAGCGCAAAUAUUUUUCUUUUUCAUAAUUUAUCGGAUUACAGUGUUACACUGUUGAUUGUGGUGCUUCUGAUUGUUCCGAGAAGGAGCAGACUUAGAACUUAGCAUAGUAGAAUAACACAACUGUAAGAAGCAGUUUCCUUGUGCACGUAAUCAUGCACAUCCACGUCACCUUUGUCGAUGUCAAGAAUGCACCUUUUUUGUCCCUUUCUAAAGCAGUAUCUUGUGUUUAUUACCGAACAGUGACUUGUAAAAGCCUGGAAGCAGUGGUAUUUCUUACUUUGGGUAUUAUUUUAGCCUGAAACAAAGGAACGUAUUGUUUUGUGUUAUUUUGAGAAUUCUGUUAUUGUUUCUAUAAUUCUUAAAAAAAUAGUGCACAGUUCAAUACAAACGUUAGAGAUUGCUUGAGCGAAAUCAAUUAACGUGAUUGCUACGAUUUCUAAAUGACUUCUCGUUUGCAAAGAAAGUCCGGAUGUACGCCCAACUAAGAAUAAUAUUACCACACUUGCGAAUGAAAAAAUUGAUUCUUAAGUAAAUUAGUGGACUUAUGAGCCUACUCAUCGUAACUAUGACAUGACGUCAAAUUAAUGCCAAUCGUGGUUAUUAAAUACCGUACGCAGAAUUCUAGACAACAAUUGUAUUCCCCUAUGUUUGCUUGACACACCAAACUUAAAUCUGUAACGCUAGGUCGCAUCAGCCGUGAAAUGUGGGAUACAUUCUUGCAAAGUAACAGAACUUUAUUAGGGUGGAUAAAUAUUUCACAUGUCUGCACAACUACACCCUAUAGAAAUACUAACGUUUUUUUUCGUGAAUUGUGCAUUGUGGGCACGUUUACUAACAUUCCAGAAGUAAUAACUAUUACUAUUGACAGGUAUUAUUUGUUCAGUACAGCUUUACACUAUGUGGGCGACUCUACCCGAGUUGGCAUUUGAUGCUGUUUCCAUACAAAGUCCUUGCUUUUGAGAUACUACUUGAUUUGGCACACCGGGCUUAACUAGAAUGAAAUGAAUCUUAUAAUCAUAACUAUUAUGACACAUUUGCCAGGCUCAUCAGCCAGCUUCAGCUGAUAGCAAAGUGAAUCUAAGAGCUACGUUGUCGUGUCACCGUAAAGUGUGAGUUUCGUAUGUGUGGUUCGUGUAGCUUGUAGUGUAAUAGAUGUAGUGCUUGUUCGAAGGAGAAGUAAAUGUCUCUUCGGUUUAGUGAAGAAAGCAGCUCGAGCCUCGAUGGCGAGCAACAUCAUCUUCCUUAGUGGAGGAUCGGAGAACGGAGCCUUAACGCGGCUUCGAAGAAUCUGCUCUCCUCUGCCGCUAAAACUUAAGUGCGCGUUCGUACCUAAUCGACGAGGGCUCUCGCUCGCAUGAGUAUAGUCCUCGUAGUCUUGUCGCGUGUCUGUCGUGUGUAACUCCGUGACACCCAUCGCCUCCCUCCCAGCUUAUACGCCAGCACUUACGUCAUAGACCGCGAGAUUUUGUGUUUGUCUCCACCCGAAGCAGCUUCGAACGUGGAUGCAGCUUCCAACGAGCCUGCGCAAGCGAAAAGCUUAUAUAUGUGGAAUUAAUCAAUGAAUGAAUAUAGCGUUUCGUGGUGUAAAACACGCUGCAUGACCGAUGUUUCACUGAACAGAACACACGCACAAAAAAAAAAGAUGAGCAUUUUUUGAGUCGCUGAUAGGGACCGUGUUAGUAUAUUGUGCAGCUGAGUAUCAGGUAGCAGGAAAUAACUACUUAAGUGUAAAACAAAAUCACGAUACCAUGUUGUUUUAUUAAUUGCCCUUGACGAUGUAAAAUAUAUCUACAUCAAGCAACAAUAGUUUUAGGUUGUGAACACUAUGAUGUAUUCUGUAGCAGCAAUAUUAAUUUUUCUGUGGUCCUAGUUGCUAGCUACGCAGCAUACAUGACGAAUUUACGUCUCUUUUAUGCGGUGACAUGUUUCAGAUGACCGAUGCACGAAGACGGAUGUACUUCAGUCAGUGAGAAGUAUGAUAUCCAUUGUGAAGCAAGGCUCUCAGAAGGAAAUUGACUAUGGAUGAUAUCGUUAUCGAUUGUUGUUGUUUUUUCUUCGUAGAUUCGUUCGUACUGAAAAUGUGAGCAUCUCUGGAAGAGAAAAAGCUGGUCAAUGUUUAAUACAAAAGCCAGAGAUUUAGCAGCACACCAAUGAGAAAAUGUGCUUACACAGCACAUAUUACCUUCGAUCCUAAAUAUAUAUUACUGUUGUCAUGAGACGUAUACAAUUACAACUUAGCCUCCACGUAAGUAGGAAUUCAAUAACCUAUCAUAACGAAUAUAAAACUGAAUCUUGCUCACUAUGAAGCAUUCCGCAGUUUCCUGCUAAACAUUGCAACAAUUAAAUUUCAUUCAUCGUUUCUGUUUUAGUGUUUCAUUAAGUAACACGGCAGGUGGUUUUCCGGCAUUGCCUUGACAGCAGCUUCUGCGUAGACACAUCGCUCGUUAUAUUUAUUUGUUUGAUUUGUCGUUUAGAAGUGGACAGAAAUGCAGGUGCAUCUGUCAGGCAUGAAAUGAUGCAGGCGCAACGAGUUCAAAUGAGACAGUGUGCAUAAAAAAUAUUGCCGAUGCAAUGCGCUCGCUUUUUAUAUGUUAAAGCACACCAGAAAAGGAAAACAAAAACACCGAGAGAUUCAAAAAGGCCAUGUCACCACAAUGGUAACAAAAAACUCUCAAAAUAUAGCGAAAUUGUUGCCGAGUCAAAACUGCUAAAAAGGCCCCAGCUUGCGGAUCUGUUUAUAAUUAUAUUGCUUUACCUGACGCUUCAGUACUUGCACACACGCAAUGCCUUAGGUUUUUCGAUGAUUAAGGUGGCAUAGCAGCGUAUUCUAAAAGCUCAUGGUCCUGGGUUUUCUUUAAAAAAACAGGGUAAAGUUAUUCUAACCUGAUGUGCAUAUUGUGAGACAAUCCGCAGUAUGAUUUCGUUAUUAUUAGCGGGUUUUCUCACAUAAUAAGGGUUUCAAUUUGCGAAUCUUAUUAAAGGUAGUCUCGUGAAAUGGUCUCUUCAUAGAAGAAUAAAUUGUCAGUCUACGUAAAGUCUAAAAUUUUUACAGGUGAAUCCUUGCGGAAUAAAUUACAUCGUGCGGAAAACUGCUUCUAAAAUGUAUAUGCGGUCGCUGGAGUUAUACGAUAGAACAAUAAUUAAAGUUUACAAAGACCUCCCACAGCGCGUAGGUGUGGUUUUUCACAUGUGGUCAUCUCUGCUUGCCAUUAAGCAUAAUGCAACACAGACUUAUCAAGCAUAAAAGUUUGCUACGCAAAAUAGGUUCCAAGCUUUCUGGCGCUAAAUUACAAAAUAUUUAGUGGUGUACACAUAACCAUUCCCUGCUCCAUACAACGGCACCGAAAUAGGUCUCUUUUAUUAACGAUAGGCUUGAGGUGGCUUUUAGCUCAUGAAUGAACUCCGUCUUAACGUGCAGGGGUUUUAAAGGGAUAUUCUUUUUUGCUCAACGGAUAAGCUUGUGGCAUACGAAAUAAAAUAUCAGUAAAACGUAACACAGCAUCUUUUGCCGGUGCUCUAUAUUUUCAAGUAUUUUGCAACAUGGAACAUCAGUGCGUAAUACAUAGCUUAUGACAUAAUAUCUAGUAAAAACUGUUCAGUGCAAAGCAUUUUUUUCUACAUCUUGUGAUGUCAUCGAGCUGUGCUUUCUCAGUCAAUCAGGGAUAACCGUUAACGAUUAUUUAUUCGCCAAAUAUGAGUGAGUACAGUUCCGCAUCAACAUACGUGAGGAUCCCCUCCCCUAAUGUCAUAUUUUCGCGUAUCAUUUCGUAGAACACUUGUUCUGUCUCGGUUUAUCAAACGCCGUUUGUGCGCCGAAACAAAUUUUGCGAAUAACAAUGACGCGCUUCAUUCGCGUGUCGAACAGUUGUGCCAUACGCGGCGCAGCACUGCUGUGUAGCGAAUUCUCCCUGAGAACUAGGUAUUGCACAAUGAAAGUGUUUGUCCUGAAUAUUAUUUCGCACUUUGCAAUGUUACAUAAGAGAAUACCAACAUGCCCGUGUUUUAAGAAGGUAAGCGUCGCGUGUGUGGGCUGUUUGCGGUAAACACCUCCGGUAUAAAUACUACAAAUUUCGUUGAUAUUUGCUACCUCAUUGUUAGGUAUAUUGUACUGUAUUUUCGCCUGAGAAGACAUACACAUUAUUUUUCUUAUACGGGGGCCUGGCAGGCAGAAUAUAAGUAUGGCAGUCAUGUUUUGUCCCCAAUAAAUUGAUACGUGAAGCAUACAUGAAAUAAGGUAUACCACAUGGUUUUCAUGUUUACCUGCCGGGAAAUGAAAUGUACUGCUCCCCCAUAUUAUUCACCAUGGUGCUUCAACCCGCGCUUGUGCUUCAGACAGCUGAACAUCGUUUGCCUGGUGUACGUGUAAAGGUAUUUAGGCUAUGUCCUAUAUUUAUAUAAAACUAGUCACGACGCGAAAACGAACUGUUUGUGCUUGAUGAACUUUGUCUUCAGUGUGGAGCAACACCGAAAAUUUGUCCUACAAUGUACAU